CUGCUUGCGUCUGCUGCUGCUGCUUUGGAGGAGAGAGAGAGAGAGAGGGAGAAAAAAAAUAACACGCAGGCAGGUGUCGCGGAAGUUUACACUUGCAGAGGCGCAUCCCUCCGCGUCUCCCUGUUUUGUUUAUUUGUUUACCAUUGUUGCCACAAUCUGGGAUAACGUGGCAGAGGCUGUACCCGGCGGUCAUCCGGCUCCCACUCACCCCCGUGGUCGUCCCAGCCUCGGCCCCCAGAGCGGCAGUGCCCGUGCCUCUCCUCCUCCUCCUCUUGUCUAGGAACAGCAGCAGCAGCAGCAGCUCACUGUGGCGAGGCUAAGAGCGAUGGGCCGGAAACUGGACCUGUCGGGCCUGACGGACGACGAGGCGGAGCACGUGCUGAAAGUGGUCCAACGGGACAUGAAGCUGCGAAAGAAUGAGGAGGAGAGGCUGAGCGAGAUGAAGCAGGAGCUGGCGGAGGAAGGCAGCAGAUGCUCCAUCCUCUCCAAGCAGCACCGUUUCAACGAGCACUGCUGCAUCCGCUGCUGCGCGCCCUUCACCUUCCUGCUCAACCCCAAGCGCCAGUGCCUGGACUGCCAGUACAACGUCUGCAAGACCUGCUGCACCUACAACAAGAGGGACAAAGCCUGGCUCUGCUCUGCAUGCCAGAAGGGCAGGGUUCUGAGAACACAGUCCCUGGAAUGGUACUACAACAACGUGAAGAGUCGGUUCAAGAGGUUCGGCAGCGCCAAGGUUUUGAAGACUCUGUAUAGAAAGCACAUUAUCGAGAGAGGGGCGCUCUCUGAUCUCCCAGAAAGCAGUGUUCACGACGGAAGCAACGACAACGAUGGCAGCAUCUGCGGCAGUGACUCCGCCUUCUACAAACAGAGUGAAGGACACAGUAUGGCAGAGACGCUCACAGUCGCCCUGCGUGUCGCUGAGGAGGCUAUAGAAGAGGCCAUCGCUAAGGCGGAGGAGUUCGGUGACAGCUUGGAGAAGCAGAAUGAGGCUCGGUAUCUGCGGGACCACAGAGAGGAGCUCAUAGAGGAACUCGCUACAACCAUUGUGCAAAAAAUCAUCCAGAGGAGGAAGCAUUCAGAGAUGCAGACAGAGUAUGACUUUGUCUGGCCUCAGCCUCUGAUCCAGCCCAGUGACCUGCCCUCUCCGUCUCAACCUCACACCUCGUCACAAGGACCACAGGACCCCCUCAAAUCCUCCAACUCUCUCUGGAGGUCGCGGUCAGCGUUUUCCCUCACCAGUGACGACUCCCCAGAGAAGGGCCCAGAGGAGGAGGGAGCCGGAGCAGGUGGUGACUUGCACGAGUACGCGUCUCUGAAGCGGGAGCCCAAGGCCACGUCCCUACCCAGCUGGAAGAGCGUUGAUCGCCUGGACAACUCCAGUGCAUCUUCAGUGCUCCAGAGCCCAGACGGUAACUGGAUCGCCCUGCACAGUUCUCAGCUGUCUCGGCCCAGCCUGCUGACCAAGAGGAAGAGCCUGGUGUUCAGCGUGUUGGAGAAGGAGUCCGGCGUCGUCUCGGCGUACGAUGAGAUGGGCUCCGACUCCGAGGAGGACAACGAAGGCGGCUGGGGCGCGGCGUUGAGACAGUUCAGACGCAAGCUGUCCGACGAGACUUACUACACGGACUCGCAGCACGACCCGGAGUGGACGUACACCCAGCACAUUCCCAUCACGUCACCGUCCUCCGGCCAGUACACCAACACAGAGACUCUCAACUCGGACUCAGAGGCUUCGUCUGUGCUGUCCGCGUGUUCUCGUAAACCACCUCAUAACUUGUUGAGGAAGAAAGGACCGGCGGAUACACACCUGCACCCUCAUCACCAGCCCCUGUACCACCAACACCUGCACCAGAACGUCUCGCCGUACCCUCUGCACUCAGAGGCACUGGAUGUGAACUUUAACCCCAAGGUGAUGGGAGACAGCAGCGAGGCCGAGGAGCGGCAGAUCGACCCGGUCAGAAGGUCACGACGACGACGGAAAAGCAAGAGGGAGUCAUCAACAGAGCAGAGCAAACCUGGAGGCCAGAGCCACGCACAGUCCAUCUACCCCUUAGUACAGGAGAACAGUGGUUUCCUGCUCAACGCCCUGCUGAAGAGGGGUCUGAGUGAGGAGCAGCAAGCACCAGACAAUAUGCCUACAGCCCCGGCUGCACUGGACACCUUCAGACUAGAUGCCAUGACACCAGAGCCCGAGGACUUGGACACAGUGGCCCCAAAUUCAGCGGCCCUGAGCCCCCCACAGCCCCACUCUCUAUCUCCAGGGUCCCAGCACCCGGCCAGCGGCUCAGGGCCUGGAGACCUGGAAGAGGAGCUACGAUCCCGACUCAGUCAGAUGGUCAAACGUGCCAACAGCAAAGACGACAGCUCGGCUGGAGAGGAGUGGCCCGCAGACAGACAGGCGGACAAAGACAGUGACAGACAAAGAGAGAAGAAGAGGCUGAAAGACGCAGACAGGGAACGGCAGAGGGCGAGUGAGAGAUUGAGAGAGAAAGCGAGUGAAACGGUGGAACAGGUGAACGGACAAGAGAUGAAAAGGAGUGAGAGACUAAUAAAGAGUCCCUCGGUGAGAGAGAGGAGGUUGGAGAAGGGAGUGGAGUGUGUGGAGGAGAGUGUAGACGACCAGGAACAAACGAGAGGAGACAAAAGAGAAGCAAACAGACAAAGUAAGAAACAACAUAAGAGAGAUGGGGAGAAGGAGGCCGCACAGAAAGGAGGAGGAGGAAGAAGGAGUGGUUCAAGUGCCAGUUCACCUGCUGUUACACCUUCUUCCCAGGAGGGGGCGCUGUCAGACAACCAGAAGGGACAGAACGACUCGGAGCAACAGCUGCUCUCCUCUCUCUUGCAGCAGCAGAAGUACUCGGCAGCGUCUCUCUGCAGCAUCACCACAGAGGUGCUGAAGGUUUUGAACGCCACAGAGGAACUGAUUGGUGAGGCGGGAGGUGAGAGCUACACCCCGUCCGAGUCCAUGAGUGCUUCUCCAAUCUCCAACUGCUCCGAGACCCGGCGGCUAGACCAGAGGCUGACCAAGAUGGAGGAAAAUGUGUACCUCGCUGCUGGUGCUGUGUAUGGCCUAGAGGGGGCGCUAGGGGACCUAGAGCAGUGUGCCCGCAGUAUUAGCAGUGAUACCACAGACACAGAUCUGGCUUUCCUUGAAGACCAGGUCGCCACUGCAGCCGCUCAGGUCCAGCAGUCUGAAAUACAGAUCUCAAACAUUGAGGCCAGAAUUUCAGCCCUGAAAACAGCUGGUUUGAACGUGACCGUCUGCAAUCGCUUCUCCAAGUACAAGCCACCACAGGCGAAGCCUCAAACUCUGGAUACAUCCCGCCAUCAAAGACGGAAGCUUCCAGCGCCUCCUCUGAAAGAAAAGUUGGAGCCAGAGCAACAGGUGAAAGUGUUUCGGCCAUAGUGACGGUUGGCAGCACAACGAGUCCCUCAGGGCCAACUCAGAGCCCCAGUGACGGGGGCCAUUCUCAUCCAGUGCCUUGACCCAGCGUCCGCCUCCAGCUCCGAGCCAAGCAGGGACCAACACCUGCCCUGUGGGACCCCACCAAGCACUCAGCCCAAAGCCAGGCACUGUACCGCGUCAAUGGAGACGCGACUGGCUCUUUCAACUUUUUCCAUGUUCUCCUCAUGGCCGCCAACGUAAAGCGUCGUCAAGCAAGGUUUGACUCAAUAGUCAGUAUCUCUGCCUUAAAAUCUGCAAACACUCCUCGUGACCCAACUCCAAAAGAAUAUCUGUACAGGCGAAGAAAAAAAGAAAACAUGUCCUAUCUGUUUGCAAGCGUAUUGUGAUUUAAUGUGAAAUGAAGAAAUCUUUCAAAGACUUUCUGUGAUUCAACGUCUGAAGAAGAGGCGGAGCCGUGUUUAACACUGCAUCUUCUCUCUCACCAAAUGAAAGGAAUUUUUUUUAUUGGAUUAUUUAAGAGCAAAUUUUGGAUGAUUGUCAGUUUAUACACACACAGUAAUUAUGAUCAUUGUAGCACAUUUGGCUUUUUAUAAAUAAAUGAAUUUCCCAGAAAAUAGUAUUUAUAAUUUAUAAAGUAUACGAAUAGUGCAUCUAAUUUAAAUGCUUAUUUCUUGCAGAGAGAUAAAUAAGAGGUUUGAUACCACUCUGUUUGUAUGCUAAAUGUAAAGAAAAUACAGUAGAGCCAGGUGCUGGUUAGUUGGCUU